GCAGCUCUAGGGAAAAAUUGGCCAAUUCUCAUGUCUGGCUGACUGAUUGUCGCAUUUCUUCUCGUGCUGCACAUUAGGUAUCCAUGAAUAUAAUGCAAAAACGUUGCAUUUCAGCCAACAGUGUUUUUUUUUUUUCACUUUCAUAUAGAGAACUAUGUUAUUUAUUUAUUUGUAUAUUUCCCAACAGAGCAAACUGGUGAUGGAGGGUUUCCGCAGCUUAAAGGAGGGUGAGCAGGUGGAGUUCAUCUAUAAGAAGUCCUCUAAGGGCCUGGAGUCCCUGCGGGUGACCGGACCUGGUGGAGGACCCUGUGCGGGCAGUGAGAGGAGACCUAAAGGGAAGGUUCCACUCCUGAAACGUAAACCAAAGGGAGAUCGCUGUUAUAACUGCGGAGGUCUGGACCACCAUGCCAAGGAGUGUGGCCUGCCCCCCCAGCCAAAGAAAUGCCACUACUGCCAGAGCAUCACUCACAUGGUAGCCCAGUGUCCCCACAAGGCGCUGGCACCCGCCGCAGGCUCUCAGGACCAACAAGCCUCUACCUCGGCCUCCGCUCCAGGCACGGGGCCUCACCUCUGCCUCCCCGAGGAGGAGGAGCGCUCCGGCUCGUCUCCCCUGGAGGGGUCCUCCUCGUCACCCGAGGAGCCACACACACACCGCAGCUCACGGACCCAAAGGUGGAGGAAAUCCUGAAAACCUGAAAAUGUUCCGUCGAGGUGAACCUUUUUUUU